AUGGAGGCAACAAUGACGUCUGAAGAAGUGAAUGUGGUUGAAGUCGCAAACAGCAGCGAGCCACAGCCCACAUGCCCGGCUCCGCUGUUCGACGGAUAUUUGUCGGGCCAAGUCAGCGAGGGCGCGGCCGAGGACGCCUCCGAGCAUAUGGUGCAGGCGUCCGACAGCCACGAGCAACAGCAAACCAGGCCACAGGCCCAGGACAAGCCAAGGAGGAAGAAGGGGGUCGUUAAGCUCUCGGAGAGCAAACUCACACCGACCGCGGAUCAGAGCAACACCAACCUCAUUAUACGCAAGCUCUCGUCCCGAAUCAAUGAGGCCGAUCUAAAGCGCAUAUUUUCCCCCUACGGUGAGAUUGUCUCCGCGGCUGUGAUGCGCAACAUCCACACCGGCGAGAAUCUUGGCACCGCCUUUGUGCGUUACGCCACGGCGGACCAGGCCCGCGCUGCACUUCAGUACUGCCAUGGUCGCCUCAUACACGGCCGCACCAUCUCAGUGCAUUGGGCGAAGAAGCAGCACGACGACGCUCCUGUUGGCGAGGCCCGCAAGAAGAUCUUCAAGCUUUUCGUGCGGAAUAUACCACUCGACGUCACUGCGGAAGACUUGGCGCGCCUCUUCAGCCGCUUUGGGCCUGUCGGCAGCGUCACGCUACACAAGGACACCGCCAGUGUCGGCGACAAGCGGCUGGAGCGCCGCAUCGCGUUUGUAGCGUUCCUCAUGGAGGGUGUGGCGGAGAAGGCGGCGGAGGCCAUUCACAACACGCGGCCGUACCCGUCGUGCCGCCGCAUCCCGCUCAUGGUGAAGCUCGCUGAGGAUCACCAGAACAAGCGCACGCACGGCGCUCGCACCACGCAGCCGAGCGAGGUCGCCACGCCAGCCAAGUCGUCGGCGAGCACCAGCAUGUGCCUGAUAGACUCGAGCACGCGCAGCAGCACGUCGGCACAGCCGAACGGGACUGACGCGCUCCGCGACACGCCGAUGGUGCCGCAAACUAUCACGCCCAAUACCACGCAGCCGCCGGUUGUACGCCACACGCUGCGGCCGCUGCGGCCGCCCGUGCUUACCCCUACGCUGCUCUUGUGCGGUGACAGCAGCACGUGCUGCACUCCGUCCGCGGUGCAACUCGCGGUGGGUGAGUGGGGGCGACAGCAGCAGCGCUACAUGCACAACCCGUACAGCCCGCUGCGCCCGCGCAUGUACCUCGUGGUCAACUAG